AUGGCCCCCAAACCACCCCCGGGCACCUCCGCCAGAGCAUGGGACGGAGUGACGCCCGCCCUGUCGGAAUGGGUGCUGGAUGCCGUUGCUUCUAUGGGCUUCACCCGCAUGACCCCCGUUCAGGCUUCUGCGAUUCCCUUGUUCAUGGCGCAUAAAGAUGUCGUUGUUGAAGCAGUCACAGGAAGUGGAAAGACCUUGUCUUUCUUGAUUCCAGUUGUCGAGAAGCUUUUGCGCCUGGAAGAACCACUCAAGAAACACCAUGUCGGAGCCAUCAUCAUCUCUCCAACCAGGUUGGUCAUACCGUAUACCGUUGAAAAGGUCACGGUCACAGUACUGACAAAAUUCCCCUCCUCGACCCUCAAAGUUGUCCCGCAGCUCCUUCUCGGUGGUUCGACCACUCCGGCUGAGGAUUUGAGUACCUUCUUGAAGCGGUCUCCCAAUCUGUUGGUAUCUACGCCAGGACGACUGUUGGAGUUGCUCUCUUCACCCCAUGUCCACUGCCCCCAGUCGUCUUUCGAAAUGCUUGUCAUGGAUGAAGCGGACAGGCUUCUGGAUCUUGGAUUCAAGGAUACACUACAGAACAUCUUGCGCCGUCUACCCAAGCAACGGCGCACGGGGUUGUUCAGUGCCAGUGUCAGUGAGGCUGUUGAUCAGAUUGUUCGGGUUGGUCUGCGCAACCCCGUCAAAGUCAUGGUCAAGGUAAAGGGCACUUCAGGUGUUCAGGAUAAACGCACACCCGCUAGCUUGCAAAUGACGUACCUCACAGCUCCCCCAACUCACAAAUUCCCUGCCAUCAAACACAUUCUCUACUCACUCGAGCCCGCUCCUCAAAAGACCAUCAUGUUCGUCUCAACAUGCUCGGGUGUCGACUACCUCUCCGCAAUCCUUCCUUCAAUCAUCGGCGAUGACUUCCAACUGAUCCCGCUGCACGGCAAACACCAAGCAAACGUCCGCGAAAAGAACUUCAACCGCUUCGUCAACUCCCACACCCCCGCCAUUCUCCUCACCACCGACGUUGCUUCCCGUGGACUAGACAUCCCCUCAGUCGACGUCGUAAUACAGAUUGACCCCCCUUCAGACCCAAAGACUUUCAUCCACAGAUGCGGCCGUGCCGGACGUGCAGGCCGCAAAGGUCUGAGUGUGGUCCUUCUUCACCCCGGCCGAGAGGAAGACUACGUCUCGUUCCUCGAAGUCCGCAAGACCCCCGUCGCACCGUAUCCUCACACUCUCACCAUAACCGACGCAGACGCCGCUGCAGCCACCGAAACGGCACGUAAAGCCGUCCUUGCAGACCGCGCACUACACGACAGGGGCCAGAAGGCCUUCGUCAGCUGGUUCCGAAGCUACAGCAAGCACCAGGCUAGCAGCAUAUUCCGCGUCGCAGACCUCGAUUGGGAAGGACUAGGCAAUGCAUGGGGUCUCCUGAAGCUUCCCAAGAUGCCCGAGUUGAGAAACUUCCAAGGUGACCGGACGCUCGGCGUGAACUUGGACUGGGAGAACUACGCAUACAAGGACAAACAGCGCGAGAAGCGCCGGAAGGAACAAGUGCAGGAGAAUGCCGAGAACGGUGUCGCGGACGAUCAAGCUGCUGGCAAGAAGCGCUCCAGCGAGAGCGUCGCGUGGAGCAGGAAUCUCGACAACCGGAAUAAAAAGCUGAAGCGUCGGGAGGCCAAGCAAGCGCGUCAGCAGAAGGACAAAUGGGAGAAGAUGACGGAGGAAGAGCGACAAAAGGUGCUCGAGACGGAGAAGAUGCUUGAGCAGAUCCGGGUGAAGAACGAAGAAGAACGACUGCUUAGGCGUGCAGCCAAAGAUAAGGAAUCUAAGGCUGCUGGUGGGGAUGAUGAUGAUGAGUUCAAGGGGUUUGACUGA